AAAUGUCGGAUGUCAAGGGUUUGCAGAAUGUCGUCUGUUAUUAACGAAACCGAAUUUCACAACUCUGAGCCGUUCAAAAUGCUUGAAGUAAUAAAUGCUACGAUAUCUCAAGAAGAAAGUGAUUCCAAGUCAGACUUUUAUCAGGUUCUGAAAGCCUGCCUUGACUCUCCCAACAGCACAUACAAGGAUAAAGUGUAUGCACUUAGUAAAGCCUGGGAUACCUUCUCAGCAUGUAGCAUCCAGUAUUCCGAAGUGAUUCCUUUCUUAUACAAUGAUACUAUUAUGAUUGUUUUACAAUUUGAAUGGGGUAAACUGAGAAAAUCAUGCAAAAGCCAUCUUAACACCAGCCUUCAAAAUGCUGCGUCCAAUCUCAUUUCUUCGAACACACAUGCCUUCCAUCUGUGUCUUCGUUCACUACGCAUUGUCAAUAAUCCUUGGAAUUACCCGAUUGUGACAAAAAUUACAAAUGAUACACCAAUCAGUGAAUCUGAAGGGUGUGAUUUCUUCCUAACAGAAAUGCCAAUUUUGAUGAACGCUCGCCUGGACAGAAUAUGCUGGGAUGACAAGUGUAAAGACCUUGCACUAAAACUAGUUGCCUUCUACAGAAAAUGUUUUCAAGAUUCAAAGAAUAUCCUGGAGCCUCAUUGCUCAGUGGUGUGCCGACAAAUGUGGUUAGAUUUACACGUGGCCCUACUCUACAUUUGUGAUGAAAAAGUGGAUGAGAUUGUCAACAUGUUAGAAAAACAUUUUUCGGAAGGGUUGGAUAUAGUAAAGCGUCUUGUCGGCAGGACAUCGCAAAGUCACGCUCCAAGCAAGAGAAAUAGUGGAAUCAACCGAAUUUGGCGCGAGCAUGGGAUGGAGACGGCCGAGUUUACUAGUCAGUGGUUACUUAGCACUGCAUUUAUCAGAUGUCCUCCACCAAAGUGCCUAGCAUCACUAGUCAUUCAGCAUGUAAAUCUACAAAAGAAGCUCGGCAAAUCUAGCCUAGACAUAAUCAAGAGUCUGCAUGCUUUACUGGACAAAGAUCAAUUGAAGAAGCUGAUGACUUCGGCUCACAUGUAUGUCUUCUGCGCAACCCUUUUCGAUAAGUUUGGGGAUGAUUUCAAGUCGUUUUGUAUAGAAUUCUACGUCAAAGCCGUGAUUGUUGAUCUCAACUACCUUGAAAAGCAAAAAUGGGAUCCAAAAACAGGUGGAGUGAAGAGUGCUGAAAUCGGUUUAGCUGCUGUGUUCUCCAAAUUGGCUGAGCUGGUGCGCGUCGACAUCAGAAUCUGCAAAGAAAUGGCAUUGGCAGCUUUCUCACUUCACCCUACUCAGGAACGUUUCGACAAGUUGGUAGAACUAGCAGCAGCCGAUCAAGCCGUAAAAGGAAAAUCGCCAUCUCCCAUUAGCAACGGUCCUUGUCCGUUGAUUACCAAGGAUGUCAAAGUACCCAAUGGAAUGGAUGAGAUUGAGCUUGAAAGUACAAGUACUCAAGAGGAAGAUAAUAAGUCGCCCUACACCAACUUGGCUGCAGCCACUUUGGGUCUUUCGGAAGGAAUUAUCCAAGAACUUGGCGUUAUCGUGGAUGGCGUACGAUGGGAAGUGCUAACUUGGAAUAUUGGAUGGAAGCAGUUAGAGCCUCUUUGUCGACGUUACAUGAACGAUAAGGAAACUAUGCGUUCUGUCACCAAUGAACUUAAUUUCCUCAAAAUCGAUUACAGCCAGUUUAAAGAUAUGCCAAGGCCGGAACGCGAUGUUUACUGGGGAAUUGAAAAAGGUUAUGAAAACUGUUUAGAACCAGCAGUGGCAGUUCCCAAGAGAAAAAGUCCUAGUUUGAAAACUGAUCCAAGGCGAAGUAAAUCGAAGAAAUCAUCUUCGAGGAAAAAGGGUUCUCGAAAUUCUCCGUCGGAUGUGCGCUCUAAACGCAGUGAAGAGCUGAAAAGGAAGACUUGGAUGAGACGGACUACCCUAUCACUCAAAUCGUCAUCAGAAUCGGAUAAAAGCAUUGAAUUGAACAAUUCCAAGACGAAUUCUGAAGUUGUCCCUUGUUGUGAUGGUGUCAAACGGUCCGCGAGGAUUCAAGCCAGCAAGCGAACCAGCACUGAAGUUACUCGUGAUUCAGCUGCUUUGAUAAAAAGAUUGCGGGAAAUCCGACUUGAUUUUGGCAUGACCAGCAAGUGGCAAUAUCUUUCUCCAAAGUCACCGGCUACCAAAACUCAGCAGUCUCGCAAAGUGUCGUCAUAUCGUCUAGUCGCUAAUCAUUUUGCGCCCAUGCUCAGUACCCUCAAUAUGCAGCCCAAGGUCGUUCUGACGAGAACAACUAUCAACUCGACAACACAUAUCAUCCAGGAACCAAGCAGUAGAAGCAAAAUGUCCACAGAAGCAUCCGGAUAUUGCCACCCCUGGAUUCCAAUAGAAAAUAUUAAGAAAGAGUACCUGGGAGUCGAAAAAAUGAAACGAAAAAGUGUCACAGGUGUCACUGAACCCCAGGCCAGCCUGAUUCCUGUUGUGCAGUUACACAAACGACGCAGAAGUGUUAAAUUACGUAAUGACAAUGAAAGCAGUAACGUCUGUGAGAAGGAAACGCUAGUCGAAGAUAAUAAAUUGUCAUCAUUUUUCACCACUGAUGGUCUUCAGAAGCGUGUGGAAAGUGAUGCGGGACCAUCUGUAGACCAUCUGAAUUGUCUUGGAAAAAUUUUCUCCUCAACUCCAUUACCUCGCAUCCGCCAUGUUUCCCAUCAUUCAGAAAGUGGCGAUAGCAGUGCUGUGUUGGAACCGGAUUUAGCUUUUGCAACUUCCAGUGCGUCUGGCAUUGGAAAAAGAUCUAGAAUCCAUGAAUCAGUAGCUUGUGCGGAUAGUGUGCUCCUCAUUGAACCAUCGUCGCACGUUCCAAAUGUAGACGACAUCCAAGAAAGAUCAACGGCUCAGUCGCAGCUGAAUGCAGAACCCAAUGGAUCGACGACAACUUCACUGAGGAGUAGUAAGCGGGUCAGAGGAGUACCCAAGUCGUCCAAUCCAGGAGGCGGUGAUGGAAUGGCUGCAUCCAAUAUUUCAGUUUCAAGCAUCUCAUCACUUUCAUCGGAUACCAACUCUCCCUAUCGAGGUGCGUUAAAUGUAACUGAUAAUUUAUCAUUGACGUUUGAGUAGAUUAUUAUUACUCGCAUGCAAACUGGUAUCAAAAAUUGAAAUGAGGAAAAUAACAAGGGUUCCUCACCUAUUAAAACUUUUACUAGAAUAUUUGAAAAAGUUAAAGUAAAUCAUACCAUCACAUAUCAACCUUAAACGCACUACGAUAGUUAAAGAAACGAUUACUGAAAGAUUAAUGUGUAUCAAGCUAUUGCAUACCUCCUAAUAUUGUAAUUGAGUGGUACUGGUACAUGACUAUAAUCACUAGCUGCUAUAUUUCAAUGUUUAAAUUCCAUUAUUCUUAGUCUCUUAUACUGAUGUGUGUGACCAGAGCUGACAAAGGGUUGUAUUGCCCAUCUUUGAAAAAUUUGCACUUCUUGGUCUUCUUCAUAGUUGUCAUUCAUCUACAUAACUACAUAAGAGCGUAAGAGUAUAGAGUAUCUGUAAGAGGUGAAGAAACUAAUCAAGUAGAUUUGUGAAGAGAUGCAGAAAGUUAGUGUUUAUCUUAAUUUAUCUUAUAAGUCAUGGUUUAUAAUUGACUCAUCAGACACAUGUUUAUGAAAGAAAAUACACUUAAACAAAUAUUUA